UACAAAAUAACCGGAAAAAAUUUAUAUUAACUAGAUAGGAAAAUCAUGUGUUGGACACAUUAGAUUUUUAACAUAAGUUAUAAUGCUGAUGAAAUAUUAUUGUGAUAGAUAAAAUAGAUAGAUAAGUUUUAAGUUCGUUACUCGGCAUUAUUGCUUUAUAAUACUUAUUCAAGUGGUGAUUUUUAGUAUAUAUAUACUUGGCAAAAAACAGAAAAAUCAAAAUGAAAUUAUUCAUUGUCUUCGCUGCAGCUCUUUUGGCAGUUACUGCCCUUCCGGCCCAACAACACUGGACCUCAUUCAAGGCCAUACAUGGAAAAUCGUACGCAACUCUGGAAGAAGAACGUGUCCGUUUUGGGAUUUUCCAAGACAACGUACAAAAAAUAAAUACACACAACGCCCGCUAUGAAGCUGGACUUGAGACCUACACCAUGGCAGUCAACAAAUUCGCUGAUUUGACCCUCCAAGAAUUUGGAGCCAUGCUUAGACGCAUUAACGGUCCAAUUCCCAAAAUGACCUUGACUACUCAUGUUCAGAGCGGUACUGCUCCAGAAGUUAUGGACUGGAGGGAAAGGAAAGCUGUUUUGGCAGUCAAGGACCAAGGAAAUUGCGGAUCCUGCUGGGCUUUUAGUACUACUGGUGCAUUAGAAGGACAGAACGCGAUUAAAAACAACGUAACAGUACCACUCAGUGAACAACAAUUGGUUGACUGUGACACAAAGGUGAAUGAAGGUUGUGAUGGUGGUGAUAUGCUGACCGCCUUUGAAUAUGUCAUUGGACAUGGUCUUAACAGCGAAGCUGAAUACCCAUACGAAGCUGUAAAUGGAAGUUGCAGAGCCAAAAGCGGUUCUGUAGUUCAAGUUAAGGCAGCCGUAUCUGUUGAAGCUACCGAAUCUGCCCUUAGGGAUACUGUUGGUACCGUUGGACCGGUCUCCAUAGCCAUUUACGCUGACCCCUUCCAAUUUUACAACCAGGGUAUCUUCGAUGAUAGCUCGUGCUACAACGAUUCUUAUUUUUUGGACCAUGGUGUUCUUGUUGUAGCAUACGGAACCGAAAACGGCUCACCAUACUGGGACGUUAAAAACUCAUGGGGUGCUGACUGGGGUAAUAACGGUUACAUCAGAGUGGCCAGAAAUAAAGGGAUGUGUGGUAUCGGCCUUUACAAUGCAUACCCAAUGUUGGCUUGAUUUAUUAAUUAAAUUUUAAUAAUUUUGUAAACUAUAAAAUCUUUUUUUGAUAAAUAUAUAAGUUAUUAUUACUAAAUUUAACUUUA